GACAUUUGUGUCCUGACAUAUGAUAGUUGUGUGUAAUUUACGUCCUGACAAUUUUGUUGACCGUUAUAGAUAACAGUUGACCAACAGUCAACCAUAAAAUGUUGACUUUUGGUUGCAUGGCACAUAUGUGGAAGCCACAUAUGCGUCACAUCAGCUGCCACAUCAGAUUGUUAUUUUUAAAUUAAAAUUAAUAAUUAAAAUAAAAAAUAAUCCCUUCUUCCUCAUCUCUUCAUACCCGAACAAAUGGUGGAAGACGAUGGACCUCGCCCCUAUCCCUUCUUCCUCAUCCUUUAUUUGAUCAACCUCGCCCCUAUACUCUCCGUCGGACGGCCGAAAGAAGUCGAGGAAGCCACUUUCCACUCCGUCCGCCUCCCGCCAACGCUUUUCCAGAACAAUUUCCACUCCGUUCGCGAUAUGCUUCAACUCUUGGGGCGGUGGCUGUGUCCUGAGAAGAGGUCGUCGAAGUCAUCAGGGGCAAGCGGUGAAUCAGGCGGUGAUUGUUCCUGCUCCUCGUACGCAGCCUCGAAGGGAUCCUUCGAUUGAUUCAUCUUUUGGAAUUUGUUAUUCUUUAAUUUGGCGGUUCUGGUUCAGCGGGGUUUCUAUAGGCUGAGCAUUUUGUCGAACAGGUGGUGUGCGAAAGAAAAGAGCAAUCGAAAAAACAAUACCCCAAGAUCAAACAAUUAGUAGAGAGAGACGAAUCGGAUUGCACACUCCACUCACUGUGUCCACACUCCACUCCAUCGUUUUCGUUCCAAUACUCAAUUCCCAGACCCUUAAAAUUCAGUUCCUUCUCCGCUCCCCUCCACCGUCAAAUCUCAUCUCCUCUCCUCUGCGCUCAUGCGCCACGGAAUUAGCCGAGAGUUCAAUAGAAGGAGCUGAGUGGAAGAAGGCGCAUAUUCGAUUGGUGAGUUCACACCCAGAGGUAUACGAACCCUGCGACGAUUCCUUUGCCCUCGUCGACGCCCUCCUCGCCGAUCGAACCAACUUGAUACUCCACAGCCCCGCCAUCUGCAUUUCCAAUCCUCGAUCCAAGCUUCCCCUCGGAUUCGGCGGCAAAGCCAUGGUUUGGCUCGUCGACUCCCUCAAACAAAGACCAGAAGGCUGCCAGCAAUUCAUUCGCAUCGGCCGUCGCCGAAAUUGUUCCCCAGAGAUGCAGAUCUUCAGAUCUGGAUUUUUUUAUCUUUUUUUUUAUUUCUUUUUGUUAUUUUAUUCAUUUUUAUGAGAAAAUAAAUAUAAUAAAAUAAUAAAAAUUCCACGUCAGAUGCCACAUCACAGCGGUGACUAGACUUUCUGUUAAAAACUAACAGUCAACGCCGGUCAACCAUAACGGGAAAAUAGUUUGGGACACAAUUGUCAUAUCGAAUACUUUAGGACACAAAUGACACAGAGUUAAUAGUUCGGGUUUCCUAGUGGUAUUAGCCCAAGAAAUUAUGCUUGUCAAACUCUAUGAUGAAGUUUAAUAGAUAAUUUUUUUUGGGUAAGAAAUUAUUGAUUAAUGGUAGGGAUGGCAAUCAAACCCAUGGCCGCGAGUAUCCGACCGCCCCCGACCCAGUCAACGCGGGGAAUCCCCGCUUUGACCGGGUAUGGGGCGGGUAUGGGUAAAACCCGCAAAAAGUUUGAUGGGUAUGGGGCGGGUAUGGUUUUAGCCUCCCCCGCCCCAUACCCAUCCUCAUACCCGCCCCACCAAGAUAAUUUCUUCAUAUAUAAAAAAAAUAUGUGCAUCAAAUUAUAAUCUAUCAAUGAUGAUGAGGAUAACUUGAGAAAAAUAAAUAGUAGAAAAGCAAUUGAUUGACCACCUUAAUCAAAAUCUAAUUCAUUUCUCUCAAUCCUCAUUUCACUCUUUCACUUUCCCCCUUGUCAACAAGAUUAUGUUAGUUAAUUAUUACUUAGUAGAUGUAUCAGAGUUAGUACUUAAUAAUUUGAAAAAUAUUAUACUCUAUAUUAUGUAUUAAUGGAUAUUUUAGGAUCAUAAUCUUUGAACCAUAUUAAAAAAAUGACCGUGUUUUAUUGACUUCAUGAUAUAAUAUGUUCGUUUAGAAUUAUAAUUAGAACUUUUCUUGUAAGUUUAAGGUAUAAUAAUGUUGGAUGUACGGGUAUGGGUAUUACCCAUGGGUACCCGAAACCCACGGGUAUGGGGAUGGGUUUGCAAAACAUUCCCCUGCAUGGGUAUGGGGCGGGUAUGGGUUUGGGUAUUUGAAGAUGGGUAUGGGGAUGGUUUAAGCAAACCCGCCCCAAACCCGCCCCAUUGCCAUCCCUAAUUAAUGGUGUCUGUCCAAAUAGGUGAUAUACCAAGAGUAAUAUUAUUGUUUAAUUGUUAGUACUUAGAAUUUUAAUGUGCUUAUCUAAAUCGAUCAACACAAGUGUUAUUUAAAUCUAUAUGAAUUUGGUUGGUAGUAGGUGAUUUUCGAUCCGACUAAUUCAAUGCAUCACAUUAAUAGAUUGUUUGGAAAAAUAAGAUAACUUUACGAUU